CAAGAAGUUCUAUGGUGUCGUUGUCAAAAACUGCCUUGUAAGAUCCCUACCUAGGUAGUCGCGCACGGUCCAUGGCCAACAUUUACGCCUGAUACCACAGUACUACUCCUCGCGUAGCUUCAAAACUUGGACCACCAACACGAACCGGUCCCCUAGACGAAUGAAUGGUGGUAACGCUGUCAUCAGUUCAGGCACCGGCAACAGCUGCAAAAGUGUCCUGCAACGACCGAGGAUUUGCGCCGUAUCAGCUUCAAGGGUCUAAGCAGCACCAGUGCACAGCUGAGCAGACGCAAUUAUUCGGAACGGUCUCACGGUUCGAGAACCGACUAAGAAGCUCGAGAUGAUAAAAAUGGUCCCGUCACACCAAGGCAAACGAGUUCAGUCAAUCCCAAUCAUCAUUCAACUCAAUCGAGGCACAUCAACUUGUCGUCGUCUUGCUCAUACCACAUACGAGUUUCUAUAAAGAUACAGCAAUUCUUCGCCAGAAUGUCUAAUUCGGAGCCUAUUGCCAUCGUUGGGAGCGCCUGUCGCUUUCCUGGCGAUUCUGAUACGCCGUCCAAACUAUGGCAGCUCAUCAAGUCUCCUCGAGAUUUGCUGCGCCAGGUGCCAGAGGAGCGCUUCGAUGCGGAAGCCUUCUACCACCCAGACUCCAAACACCACGGCACGACCAACGCUAUCAAGUCGUACUUCCUCGACGAAGACCCUGCUUUGUUCGACAAUGGCUUCUUCAACAUCCCACAGAGUGAGGCCGAAGCCGUUGAUCCUCAGCAGAGGUUGUUGAUGGAGACGGUGUAUGAUUCACUCUGCGCUGCUGGACAAACCAUUGAGGAGCUACGUGGGUCUUCCACUGCUGUUUACGUUGGGCUGAUGUGCGACGAUUGGGCUGGCAUUCUCGCUCAAGACCCCGACGUCUUGCCGCAGUAUGGAGCCACUGGCAUGGCCCGAAGUAUCAUGUCAAACCGCAUCUCAUACUUUUUCGACUGGCACGGACCGUCCAUGACGAUUGACACUGCUUGCUCUUCCAGUCUAGUUGCUGUUCACCAGGCAAUUCAGACUCUCCGCAGCGGCGAAUCGCAGGUCGCUAUUGCUGCUGGAGCUAAUUUGAUCCUCACUCCAGGAAUGUACAUUGCAGAGAGCAAGCUGUCUAUGCUCUCACCCUCUGGCAGGUCCCGUAUGUGGGACAAGGAUGUCGACGGGUAUGCUCGUGGUGAGGGCAUUGCUGCUGUCGUUUUGAAGCCUCUUAGCGCUGCCAUCCGGGACAAUGACCACAUUGAGUGCCUCAUCCGAGGUACUGGUGUGAAUCAGGAUGGUCGUACGAACGGCAUCACCAUGCCCAGCGCAACGGCACAGGCUGCUCUUAUCCGAGACACUUAUGCUAGAGCUGGACUGGAUGUCAAUAAGCCCGAAGAUCGCCCCCAGUUCUUCCAUGCGCACGGCACAGGUACCGCCGCAGGUGAUCCACAAGAGGCCGAAGCCAUCUCAAAAGCAUUUUAUUCUACGAAUGAUUGCGAUGAGACGCUCUACGUCGGCUCCAUCAAGACUGUCAUUGGACAUACCGAGGGAACGGCUGGCCUCGCUAGCUUGAUCAGUACUUCGUUGGCGCUCCAGCACAAGGUCAUCCCGCCAAACAUGCACUUCAACACGCUAAACCCCCGCCUCAAGCCGUUCUAUGAUCACUUGGAGGUUCCCACCCGGGCCCUUGCAUGGCCCUUGCCUCGUCCCGGCCAGCCUUUCCGGGCCAGCGUGAACAGUUUUGGAUUUGGCGGUACAAAUGCGCACGCAAUUCUCGACGCAUACGAGCCUCAGCCGCAGCCCCAAGUCAAGGGUCCAUUACUCACGCCAUUGACAUUCUCCGCUUCGUCCGAAACUUCAUUACGAUCGAUGUUGGCUGACUAUGCGGAGUACUUCAGGUCCACCCCAGACAUUUCCCUGCACGAUGUGGCGUACACCUUGCAAACGCGUCGCUCGACCUUGGGGCACCGAGUUACCCUUACAGUCACUGGAGUGGAAGAGGCAGUCUCUCAGAUUGAUGCCAUUGUCAACGGCGAGCUCGACAGUACCUUGGCCACCCGUCAGCUGAACAAGUCAUCGCCCAAGAUCCUAGGUGUCUUCACUGGCCAGGGUGCGCAAUGGCCGCGAAUGGGAGCGAAGCUGCUCGAGACGUCUCCAUACGUGGCCAAGCGGCUCUCUGAGCUUGACCAAGCGUUGGCUGAGUCGCUCGCUGGCGAGUGCCCAUCAUGGACGCUCGCAGAGAUGAUUUUGGCUGAUGCAAAGUCAUCGAGGAUGGCCGAGGCAGCAAUCUCUCAGCCGCUUUGCACUGCAGUCCAAAUUGUGCUCGUCGAUCUGCUUCGAUUUGCCGGUAUCAAGUUCGAAACAGUGAUUGGACACUCGUCUGGUGAAAUCGGAGCCGCUUACGCUGCAGGUCUCUUGACAGCCCGCGAUGCCAUCAGAAUUGCCUACUAUAGGGGGCUCUACGCCAAGCUUGCCAAAUCUCCUUGCGGUGGCAAGGGUGCGAUGAUGGCUGUUGGUACAACUGUCGAAGACGCGACAGAGUUCUGCAACCUUGAAGACUUCCAAGGCCGGAUUCAAAUCGCCGCUGAGAAUUCCCCCACCAGCAUCACCUUGUCCGGCGAUGAGGACGCCAUCAUCGAAGCCGUAGAGAUUUUCAAGGACGAAGGCAAAUUCGCACGCCAACUCAAGGUCGACACUGCCUACCAUUCGUCCCACGUUUUGCCCUGUGCCGAAGCAUACAUUGCGGCAAUGGAGAAAUGUGGGAUUGAGUAUUCGACGCCUACCGGGGCGAAGUGGCACUCAAGCGUCCACAAAGGCACAAUCAUGGGCCUGGACCAGCUCACUUGCCAGUACUGGGUCGACAACAUGACCAAUCCGGUUCUCUUCUCCUCUGUCGUUGCACAGGCAGCCUCUAAGAGUGGGUCAUUUGAUCUGAUCCUAGAAGUCGGCCCACACCCUGUGCUCAAGACGCCGUGCCUCGAUUCGCUUGACGAGGAUGCCCACCCUCCUUACUCUGGUGUGAUUGCGCGAGGCAAAAAUGAUGUGAGAGAGUUCUCCAAUGCUCUUGGCUUCAUCUGGACUCAUAUCGGCGCCGGAUCCGUCAACUUUGAUAGGUUUUCCCGAGCAGCGUCUGGGUCAUCUGUGCCUAGGAAGUUCCUGCACGACCUUCCCAAGUACCGUUUCGAUCACUCUAGGCGCUUCAUGACCCUUUCCCGCAAGUCUGGACUAUACAACUCGCUCAAGGCUCCACCUCAUCCUUUGUUGGGCAAGAGGUGCAUUGACCGCGAGACCUCUCGAUCCAUCCAAUGGCGCAAUGUUUUGCAUCCAAAGGAGAUUGGCUGGCUUCAUGGGCAUCAGAUUCAGGGACAGCUUGUCUUCCCUGCGACUGGCUACGUUGCCAUGGCAGUCGAGGCCAUGUCCAUUCUGGCUGGGGAAUCUCCCAUGAGUCUCUUGACGAUUGAGGAUCUCCGCAUCACCAGGGCUAUGGCGUUCAAUGAUGAUGACUCGAGCGUGGAGGCCGUCUUCGACGUGAGAAUCAUCAUUCAGACCAAUAAUGAAAUCGAAGCCACAUGGUCAUGCAGUUCGGCAGCACCAACGGAUCACAGGGCAACUCUGGCCACGAAUGCAACCGGUAGCGUCAAAGUUACGUUUGGAGCUCCCGCGCCGCACUCGCUUCCCAGCAUCGAGACCGACAAACUGAACUUGAAUGAAGUUGCCAUUGACCGUUUCUAUUCAUCACUCAGUCGGCUCGGCUACAACUACUCUUGGCCGUUCCACGGUACCAGCAGCAUUCAGCGCAAGGCUGACUACGCCACUGGUAUCCUUGAGGAUCAAUCUGGCAUGGACUGGGAGGACCGGCUGAUUGUGCACCCUGGCAUGCUUGACACAGCUCUGCAGACCGGCUUUGCGGCGUUUAGCUGCCCUGGCGACGAGCGCCUGUGGGCCCUAAUCGUUCCCACCAGCUUCAAGUCGAUCGUCAUCAACCCCUACUUCACUUCUGCUGGCAUCGGAAAACAGGAACGAUAUCAAUAUGUUUCCGUCGCCAAGGAGUACAAGAAGGGCAAGGCCAUUACCGAGCUCAAUCUGUUGACUGAGCAAGACGGCCAGACCUUCUUGCAGAUUGAGGGGAUGGAGCUCGUGCCGUUCUCUGCCGCGCUCGAAGAGAACGACGCAGUCCUCUUUUCACGAUUCGACUACCAGCUCGCGCAUCCAGAUGGCCAGGUCACCGCUGCGAGCUGUACCUACAAGGCUGAGGAUCUAGAGAUCGCACUCGACUCGGAGCGUAUUGCCUUUUUCUACCUGCGCCGCCUUGUGGACUCCAUCACACCGGAAGAGAAGGCCAACGCAUUGUUCCAAUACCGACACCUAGUCGAGUGGGCCGCUUACGUCGUGCCGAAGGUUCUGAGGGGCGAGAAUCCGUACAUUCCGCAAGAGGCGCAGAAUGACACACGAUUUGACAUCAACGCUCUCCUCAAGAAACACGACCACCGUACGGACGUUCGUCUCCUAGAGUCCGUUGGCGAGAACCUUCCCCAAUGUGUCCGGGACGGAUCCAACAUCCUCGAGCACAUGACCAAAGAUGGGAUGCUGGACGAUGUCUACGAAGAAGGCUUUGGUCUUGACUUUGUCAAUGAGUACAUUGCUCGCAUGGCGGCUCAGAUUGCCCACCGCUACCCACGCAUGGACGUCUUGGAGAUUGGCGCUGGUACUGGUGGGUCAACUAGGAGGAUUCUUCCCCGACUGGGAUCUGCCUUUUUGUCUUACACGUACACGGACGUUUCUGGAGGCUUCUUCAGCCACGCCGAGGAUCGCUUCAAGGACUUUGCCAGUCGCAUGAUCUUCAAGACGUUUGACAUGAACACGGAUCCUGCCGCUCAAGGCUACGUUCCAGGCUCAUACGACCUUGUCAUUGCCUCCAACGUCCUUCACGCCACCUUGGAGAUGGAUGCCAUGAUGCAGAACGUCCGCAGCCUGCUCAAACCGGGUGGUUAUCUCAUCAUUCUUGAGACCGUAAACAACAACUGCCUCCGAAUUGGUCUACCCAUGGGCAGUCUUCCAGGUUGGUGGCUCGGAGCUGAGACUGGCCGUCGCUGGGGCCCAACGCUCACUUUGGAGCAAUGGGACUCGCUUCUGGCCAAGAACGGCUUCGGCGGAAUUGAGACCACAACGCCGCCUGCCCACGAGAUUCUGCCCGGCAACGUCUUUUGCGCUCAGGCGGUUGACGAUCGCAUGACGAUGCUGCGAACCCCUCUUUUGGACGUCUCCAUGCUCCCAGCGACCAAAGCACCCGGAAUAGUCAUCAUCGGAGGCAAGACCCCGUCCGUCUUCACACUCUCUGGGCAAAUCGCGGCUAUUCUUGCCCCCAGAUAUUCCCAGAUCACUCGCAUCAAGUCUGUGGAAGCGCUCAGUCAUAUGGGUUUGGCUGACUCCAGCACUGUCUUGUCGCUCACCGAGCUGGAUGAACCGCUCUACGCUGACAUGACCGCCGAAAAGCUGGAAGCCAUGCAGAUUCUUUACCGACAAAGUGGUAAUAUCCUCUGGUUGACUACAGGAGCUAGGUCGGAAAACCCAUACUCGAACAUGAGUCUUGGCGUCAGCCGGUGUCUGCGAUAUGAGUACCCCAACAUUACGCUUCAGAUUCUGGAUCUCAACUCGCCAAGCCACCGUCAGCCAGGCAUAAUUGCAGAGUACCUCCUCCGCCUGGAAAUGCUUGACAAGUGGUCAAAAGAGCUUGCGCCGAACGACCUCAUGUGCACAUUGGAGCCUGAGCUGCACCUGGAGGACGACACCGUACUUAUUCCACGACUUUAUCCCUAUGUCUCUGGAAACGCGCGCUACAACACUGCCCGUCGUGUCGUCAGCGAGCAGGUUGACCCUCAAGAGACCAGCAUCAUGUUCACAGGCGAUGAUGACUCAUGGGGGCUGCAACGCGCUUCUCCGCUGCACAUUCCGACACCGCUGCCCUUCACUGGGGAAACACGCACUAUUCGCAUCACAUAUUUUUUACUCUCGACCGUCAAUAUCCUCCCGGGGUGCAGCCUAAUGGUCUGCGUCGGCACCGACUCUUCGACCAAAGAGAAGCUCCUGGCAGUAACCCACACAGCGGAGUCACCUGCUACGAUCCCAUCGUCUUGGUGCACUUCAAUUGAAGGCCUCGAUGCUUCCAGUGUGCUGGGUCUUGCAGCCGCCAACAUGGUUGCAAGCAGCAUCUCGAGGCUCACAGAUAAAGGAGAUGUGCUUAUUGUCCACGAGCCACACCCAAUGGUCGCCGCUGCCUUGCUAAAAGGAAGUAAGAGUGUUCACAUCACUACUUCCCGUCAGCAAGAGGCCAAGAAUGGAUGGCAGUAUGUGAACAAGAACCUUCCGGAGCGCCUCGUCCAGAAGCUUCUCCCUUUCAACGCCAACAAGUUCAUCGACCUCUCUCAAAUCUGCUGGGGAUCCGAGAAGUCUCACGUCAUUCCCGCAGCAUUGCCCCGCAAUUGUCAAGUCAUUGAUGAGGCGCGUCUAUUUGGCACUAGCACUGAGCUCAGGCCUUUCGUCUCUGAGGCUGAAGUGUCUGAGCAACUCAGGGCUGCUUUCUCUGAGAUCAAGAGUAGCACUCCAGCAUCGGUUGCGUCAAUUGUCCCUCUGCAGGACAUUUCGGAGUUUGCUGCUGCUGGUGGGCGGUUCGCAGUAGCGGAUUGUACCAUUCCUUCCGUUACGGCUCAAUUGACUCCCAUUGAUACAGGCAACAUUUUCCAGCCCGAUAGGACGUACUUCCUUGUUGGUCUGAGUGGUGAGCUUGGACAGAGUCUUUUGAAGUGGAUGGUCGUCCACGGCGCUCGAUAUAUUGCUGUCACGAGCCGAAGGCCCAACGUCCAACCAGAGUUUAUCGCUGGAAUGGAGCGCAUGGGCGCGACGGUCAAGGUUCUUGCCAUGGACAUCACCGUUCGGGAGUCGCUACACGCGUGCCACGCGGAAAUUGUCAAGACCAUGCCUCCCAUUGCAGGUGUAGCCAACGGCGCCAUGGUACUCCAGGAUGGUCUGUUUGACAACAUGUCCUACGACGCAUUCGCCAAAGUCCUGAAGCCCAAGGUUCUCGGCUCCCAGCUCCUGGAUGAGCUCUUCUACGACACUCCGCUCGAUUUCUUCAUCUUCUUCUCUUCUGCCACGGCAGUCAUGGGUAACAGCGGGCAGAGCAACUACAUUGCAGGAAACAUGUACAUGAACGCUCUUGCAGCACAGCGCAAGAAGCGUGGUGUCCCUGCGUCGUCCAUGAACAUUGGCUCCAUUAUCGGUAUCGGAUACGUGGAGCGAGCCGCUGACAUUGACGAGCACACCUUCUUGAAGAUGGGAUACAAGCCCAUGUCGGAGCAGGAUCUGCAGCAGCUGUUUGCCGAGGCCGUUCUGCUUGGUCGGCCAGAGUUGCAAGAGAACUGCGAACUCGCCACGGGAGUGACGCCCAUUUACAAGGACGCUCAGGCCAAAGACCAGUACCUCAAAGAUGUCAAGUUCAGUCAUUUCGUCAUGGAGCGUGUAAAUGCGGUCGGAGCCACCGGCAAGACAUCGUCAGUCCCCGUCAAGGUCCAGCUCGCAGAGGCCAAGACCAAGGCCGACGCUGUUGCGAUCAUCACUGAAUCGUUCAUGGCCCGACUAAGGCGCAUUCUUGCGGUUUCACCUGACGAGGUCAUUAACGAAAAGGUGACCCUUGUGGACCAAGGAGUCGAUUCUCUCAUGGCUGUCGAGGUGCGCUCUUGGUUCCUCAAAGAGCUGGACGUUGACAUUCCUGUUCUCAAGAUUCUCGGUGGUAGCUCCCCCUUGGACCUCUUGACCGAAGCGCUCAAAUUAUUGUCGCCUUCCAUUGCUGACCUCUCUGCCCUUAAGCCCGGCCAAGCCGCACAGGCAGCGGUGCCGAAGGCAGCACCCAAGGCAGCGCCAAAAGGAACCCCCAGCCCGGCGGUCAAUCCAAUCAUCGAGAUCAAGCGCCCAGACAACACUUCGAAUGGACGGCCCAGUUCCUCAUCUGGAGACUCCAGCGCUGAUGAAUCCCCAAGCAGAAGGACGCCCACGAGUACCGCCGCCAACACCGCCGGCUACAACACACCAAUGACGUCGUCGGCCCUCUCCACGGCCUCCAUUCAGCUCGCAUCGGAGAAAAAUGCCAGGAGCUCGUAUUUUUCUAAUCAGCGUCCGGACGAGUCUACCAGCCCUAUGUCCUUUGGUCAAACAGGCUUCUGGUUUCUGAACGAGUACCUGGCAGAGAAGAAGGCAUUCAAUAUGGCCGUAAUGCUCAAGCUGACUGGGCCGGUUCGCAUCCGCUCGCUCGAAGAUGCUCUCCAUCUAGUUGGCAACCGUCACGAGAUUCUGCGCACCCGAUUCUUCUGGUCCGGCGAGGGUGAGGAUAGAAAGCCCAUGCAGGGUAUCAGGGCAUUGUCUGAAUUGAGGUUGACCACCAAGCGCAUCCGCUCUGAAGCAGAGGCCAAGGCGGAGCUGCAGGCUGUUCACGACGAGAUCUGGGACCUUAGCAGUGGAGACGCGAUGAAAGUCUCGCUGCUCUCGCAAUCCGAUCAGAAGCACUAUCUCGUGCUGGGCAUGCACCACAUUUUCAUGGACGGAUACAGCUUCAGCGUCUUCUUCAAGGAUCUCGACGCUGCAUACAACCGCAAGACUCUGUCUCCCCUGCCUUCGGAGUCGCAAUAUCGUCACUUUGCGAUGCAGCAGAUAAAGGCGUACGAAUCUGGCGCCUUCGACAAGACGAUUGAGCACUACCGCAACACGUUGCCCCAGGAGUUUAAGUCCAAGCCUAUCGAACUGUUUCCCUUUGCCCGGUCCGCUACCAGGCAGCCGAUGCUCACUUAUAGCCAACAAGAAGCAUCUGUACGACUUGAAGCCGGUAUGGCAGCUAAGAUACGCCAGCUGGCCCGCCAAAAUAGUUCGACGUCCUUCCACGUCUAUCUGAGUGCGCUGCGGGUCCUCUUGUUCAGUCUCUUGCCCAGCACUGAUGAUAUCUGCAUUGGCAUUGCAGACACAAACCGUACUGACAAGAACUACAUGAACAGCAUAGGUUUCUUCUUGAACCUGCUGCCGCUCCACUUCCGUCGAAGCGAAGCAGGAACUUCCUUGGCUUCAAUCAUCAAGUCGGCGCGUGAUACGGCUUACGGUGCGCUUCAGCACUCGCAGCUGCCGCUCGAUGUCCUUCUCAAGGAGCUCAAUGUCUCUCGCUCGAACGCAUACACGCCGAUUUUCCAAGUCUUUUUAGACUACAGGCAAGUAGUCCAGGAGCGACCAAGCUGCGUGGGAUGCAAGCUGGAUGGCGAAGACUGGUGCAAUGCCAGCACUGGCUACGAUGUUGCUCUGGAAAUCACCGAAAACGCCAACACCGACACGCUGCUCAGCCUGCGUCUCCAAGACUCGCUCUGCUCCCAGGAGAGCACUCAGCUGUUACUUCGAUCCUUUGUCAACGUGCUCAAGCAUAUGAUUGAUGCUCCGAGCAGAGCUGUCGUCGGUGAUCUUCCAACAUGGCCGCGCAAUGAUGUUGCGGCGGCGCUGACGGCAGGUCAAGAACAAUCACUCGAGUCCAAGUGGAACCAGCCCACGGUCGCGCAUCGGAUUGAACAACUGACGCGCGCCCAUCCUGAAAAGACAGCAAUUCGCGACGGGAAUGGCAACACCCUCACUUAUGCUCAAAUGGCUGCUCGCGUGGACACUAUCCGCAAGGCCUUGGAGGAUUCGAGCGUGCGCAAGGGAGACAUUGUCGGUGUCUUCCAAGAACCAUGUGCUGAUUGGAUCUGUUCAAUGUUGGCCAUUUUCAGGGCUGGCGCUGUGUACGUGCCCUUGGAUCUGCGCAGUUCCACUGCUCGUCUGGCAAGCAUCGUCAGGGUCUCUCGGCCCUCGACUAUCCUCACAGACAAUACUACGGCCGACAAGAUUUCUCUGAUUGGCGCUACGAAUGUAACCGUCCUGUCAGUCUCGGGUCUGAUGCCUGCAAAUACCUCGUACCCGAAUCGUGCCGAACCGAAUGCGCAAGCCGUCAUCCUCUUUACAAGCGGCUCCACAGGAGAACCCAAGGGCCUCAACAUGACCCAUGUCAACAUGGUGACUUCUGCAGAGGCUUCGAGCUGUACGUUUAUGACCUCCAGCGGUGGCAAUCUUGUCGUUCUGCAACAGAGUCCCUAUAGCUUCGAUUUCUCUCUCGAUCAGACCUUCGCCGCCCUCACAAACGGCGGGUGUCUGUGCGUGGUGCCAGCCUGCUACAGAGGAGAUCCAGUUGAGAUUAGCAGGAUCAUGGCUGCGGAAGAAGUCACAUACACCAGCGGCACGCCGUCUGAAUUCGCCAUGUGGCUGCGAUAUGGCGCUAGUAACUUGUCCCAGUGCCGUUCCUGGACGCAUGUCUUCUCCGGUGGUGAAGCCAUGAGCCAUGGCCUUGCCCGCGAGUUCUCUACUCUGAACCUCCCUCAACUGCACGUCUCUACCGGUUACGGACCAGCAGAGACCACCAUGUUCUCGACCAAGAUUGAGCUCAACUACACUUCGCCAGACCUUCCAAAUCCCCUGCCAGCUGGGCACAUGCUGGCUGGAUACUCUAUCUGCAUUGUGGACGCCAAUGUGCAGCCUGUGCCCCUCGGCGUCUCUGGUGAAAUCGUCAUCGGAGGCCGCUGCGUCGUGGACGGCUACUUUGGGAACCCAGAGUUGACGAAGCAGAGGUUCCUUCAAGAUAGCUUCUUUGGUACUCCAGGAAAGGUCUAUCGCAGCGGCGAUCGCGGCCGCCUGCUUGCAGAUGGCACUCUGUUUGUUGAAGGGCGCCUAGAGGGCGAUACACAAGUCAAGAUUCGCGGCUUCCGUGUGGAAAUCACCGAGAUCGAAAACGUCCUCUUGAAGCGCGCUGCCGGUGCCCUUUCUCACGCUGUUGUCACGCUGCGAGGAAGCGGGGAUGCAAAGUACCUGGCUGCGCACGUCGUCUUCUCUCCCGAAUACCCCGAGGAGCAUCGCCCAGCGAUGCUAGAGUCUCUUCGCCACGGUCUGCCACUGCCACCAUACAUGCGUCCAUCUGCCGUUGUGCCGCUCUCAGAUAUCCCAAGGACCGCCCACUCCAAGGUCGAUAGGAAAGCUAUCCAAGCACUGCCUCUUCCGAGCGCACAGGAGGCGACACAGACUUCCGAGAAUCUCUCCGAAACAGAGCGCAAGCUGGGCGACGUUUGGCGCCAAGUGUUGCCGCUUCAUCCCGGUCCACUCCACCUCGACUCUGACUUCUUCCUGGUUGGCGGUAGCUCGAUUCUGCUGGUCAGGUUGCAGUCUCUGCUGAGAGAUGCCUUCUCUGCAACGCCGAAGCUCUUCACUUUAAUGGGAGCCAGCACACUUGGCGAGAUGGCAGCUACCAUUACGGCCAAUGUCUCCACUGCCAUCGAUUGGGAUACGGAAACGAGCCUAGCAGAGUCGCUGAAGCAGAUCGUGCCUACAAAGCGGACCACGAACGCUGGCACUAAGACCAUGCUCUUGACGGGCUCUUCAGGUUAUCUUGGCCGCCAUUUACUUGCUCAGCUCGCCGAGGAUCCAAAUCUCAAGCAAGUUAUCUGUCUCGUCCGCCAAGCAGACAGUGGUUCUUUGACCCUGGGCACGAACAACAAGAUUACCUUUGUCCAAACCGACAUCUCGCAGCAUAAUCUUGGCCUGUCCGACGGCAGCUUCUCAGCGCUCGUUGAAAAGGCUGACGUCGUUGUCCACUGCGCUGCCAAUCGCUCUUUCUGGGAUCGGUACGAAGUCUUGCGCCACGACAAUCUAAACUCGGUCAAGGAGCUGGCCCGACUGGCGGCGCACCACGCUAUCCCACUGCACUUCAUCUCGUCUGGUGCAGUCAAGACCUACGUUGAUGCUGGUAUGACACCUCCCCAGGAUGGAAGCGACGGCUAUGUUGCCGCCAAGUGGGCUGCUGAGACGUUCUUGCACAAGGCCGCCGUUGCACUGAAAAUUCCCGUCUACAUCCACCGACCUACAGGCCUCCCAAAGGCGACUUCUGGCGAUAACGCAACGGAGCGCGCCGUCGUGACGGACGAGCUACUAAAGAUCGCCGGCAAGCUCGGCAUGCGUCCCUCUUUCGACACAGUCAAGGGCACAGUGGACGUCGUCCCCGUCCACGACGUUGUGCAAGCCAUCCACCGAUCCGCAUACUUCAGCAUUGGCGCGAGUCUGCACGGCAAGAAUGGAGGGCUUGUGGAGAUUCUGCACCAUGAGGCGGUGCUCAGGGUGUCGGUCGACGAGUUUGCGGCGCUGAUGCAAGAACAGAAGGGGUUGAGCAGUCUGCCGAGUGUGCCCAUUUUGGAGUGGUUUGGGCAAGCGAAGAAGGCCGGGUUUUCAUUUUUUAUGGCGGCGCAGGAUUUGAGUAUGGGGACUGCGGGUGCGGAGUUGGUUUCGAGACGUUGAGCCUGGGAUUCGAAGGUGUUAUGUUACAGGCUGUUCACAUGCCGUUUCGUAGUGUUUAGUUCUCUCGGAGUUAGCUACUUGUAUAGACAAUAAUUUUCAAUUG